UUAAUGUACUCUCCACCAUUGCGAGGAGCACUGUGCGAGGAAAAAGUAAACGUUUUCCUCCCGUAUCCAGUUCAGUUGAAACAUCAUUAGCAUCUCAGCAAUCCAGCCGAGCCUUGACAACCAUAUCAACUCACAAUUGUCUUAAGAGCUUUCCCACCAAAAAUGCCAGCCCUGCCACACCUGGUGGCCAACCUGGUCACAGUCGUGCAGUGUCUACUAAUAAUGUUUCACAGCCACACAAUACUCACCAGUCAGCACACUCUAAAACACCUUCUCCUGCUUUGUCACACACAAAGCAAUUUACUCAGUCACAAAAACUGACAGUUACCCCUCUUACACAGCUACUAAGUAAAGGUCCUUCAGUUAAAACUGUUGUCCCUGUUCAAUUAUCUCAAACAUCCUUAAUAAAGCAGACAAAGUCUCCACUAACAGACUCUUUCCAACCUGUCACACCACCAGCCAAGGUUCUUAGUUGCUCACGAACAUCAUUGGAGAAAUCUGUUAGAUCACAACCAAACCUUGCAGAUCAGAGUUCCUCAAACUGUCCGUUACCGUCACAGUCAGAAACAUGUCAGGUGACACAGUCCCAAAGUGCAAACAACAAGGAGAAGGUUUUACAACAUGGAAGGAGGUCCGAUGUUUUGAAAAAACCAAACUAUGUUUGUCCAUCUGUGGGAAAACUUGUGAGCUACAAAAACCUACUAAACCAGAACCAGACAUCUGUAUUAACGGCCAGACAAGAGAGAAUAAAAACUACAAUAAAAAACAAAUCUGAAUAUGACGAUACUGCAGAAGGAAGUAUGUGGCAGAAUGGUGUGACACUAUCAAGGGAUAGUAGCCAAGUGGACACGGAACAACCUUGUAAUGGAACAGGAGAAGCAAACUGUCACAGCAACCCUCUGUACCUUCUGAUGUCUGAUGUACCAAAAAGUAGAGCCUUUGAGUCUUUAACAAAGUUAAAGCAGGAAGAUUUCUCACCUGUUCUUCAUCAACGACUCUCUAACAACCAAGAGUGCAGCCGUUCCAACAGGCUUGAGAGAUCUUCUUCGGGAUCUAACAUCAGAAGUACAGAUUGGGAUACAGCAGUAGAUAGGUGUCAACUCAAAACUUCAUCUAACCAAAGCAUUAAGACACCUGGUGGCAGAAGACGUUCAAAAUCUCAGAAUGCUAGACCUGAUCAUCACUCUCAGGUUCGAGGCGACCCGGAUGGGUGUGGUCUGGACACUUUUUCUCAUCUUUACCACACUGCUGAUACGGAGCUUAGUUCUGAGAAAUGUGUCAAGAAAGGAUGGUUGAUGUAUCAGCAUUCAAAAGAAUGGCACAAGCACUGGGUUGUUUUGACCACUUCUUCCAUGGUCCUGUACCACGAUCCUAAGGCAGAGGCGGCUAACGCCGUUGAUGAAAGAGUGGACGUUCGAUUAAUCAAAUCUGUUGAUGAAGCUGAGGGACGAAAGAUCUAUUCUUUUACUGUGAAAACUUUUGAUGACCGGAUGUAUAUGUUUUCGACCAUCACGGCUGGAAUGCGCAGCAACUGGAUCCAAGCACUUCAUCAUGUUUGUAAAAUGUAUCUGAGACAUUCAUUUGUAAGUACAACACCUCAAGAAAAGUUCUCUUCAACCAUUCUUUCUCCAGUUUCUUCUAGACAACAACAGAAACCACUUAACAAGACAUCCAACAAGAUCAAACAUCCAGAUAACUCUCGUCCUCUGUCACCUCCAAAAGUAACAUCUAGAAUCAGAGAAAAAACCAAGUCACGAUUUUCGCAGUCAAGGAUUUCUGACAAACAUGGUAAAUUAGUAGCACCUAUUAGUGUUUACCAGGGUUCACCUUCAGAUAAAAUAGAUCAUCACAACAAGGUGUUAACCUCAAGAAACUGUGGCACAGAAUUUCAACCUUUGAGACAGAUAAAGGAUUGCACUAAAUCCAGCAUUUGUCCAGAGGUCAUUAAUAGCUGUAGUGACGUGAGUGUUUCGACACCGGUAUCACGUGACAAAGAUCAUGGUUCUAAGAAUAAACACCUUACGUGUAAGAGACUGGAAAAUGGUUACAGCCUGGUUACAAUCAAGCCUGAUCUACAAAAUAUAGCGAAUGCAGAUGCUUGUCAUGAAGAUUGUAAAGAUGAUGACCGUAGCCAGAACAGUGAAAUUCCCACAAAGAUCACAAAUACUGGUGAGCUAACCCUAAAAAUCUUCAAACAAGAAAUGGCCGACAGGAAAGAACUGUUUGUCGAGAAAGAGGCUGAGAAAAUGCUUACUAAUAGUAAAGUUAUUGUUCUUGAAGAUCUGCAGACAUCCCUUCAUUUGUGUCUAGAUAGAUUAUUAAAUCUUAAAAAGAAGUUAGAAACAUCCCCAGAAAGAAGGGAUGAAGCGCUUAUAGUGGGCAGGGAAAUUUUUAGUCUGUGUGGUGAAAUUGAAAAGAUUUUAGGUCUGAAUGAUAAAAAAUUAACGAGUGAAAGUAAGAUUUGUAAAUCUGAAAAUUCUAUUAUUGAAUUUCAGAGUGCUUGUAGUGUCAAGCUUGUAGAAGUAGAGAAGCUUAAUAAUAAAAUAAGUUCCUUAAAAUCAACUCUAAAUGACCGAGAUCAAGAUUUGAGGAAAGUUCGUACCCAAAUAGACAGCUUAGAAAGAGAAAAAACGUGCUUAAAAGAUCGUGUAAAACAAUUAGAAAUGGUUCUCAGAACGUCCUCAUCUGACGAGUCGUUCACUGAGUCGUCCAAGUCUUUGUGUGACGAGAACACUCAUUUGAAACUUUUGUUGAACAAAGCCCAUGAGACGAGCAAAAGUCUCAGAAAAAGGCUGCAAGAAAACAAUGAGAGCUAUGCCAAUUUGGAAAUCAAUAAUUACCAAUUGGAGCAAGAUAUCAGGCAGUUCCAGUCAGAACAUUCUUCCCAAAUAGCCUUAAUGAUAGCCAGGGUUGAGGACUUGACGACUAAAUUGGCAACUGCUGAAAAAAACUUGCGUUACCUAAAGCAGAAACUUGAAAAAGCAGAAUUAAGGCAAGAAAAACGAAAAAACUCUCUCCAGGGGAAAGAGGGGAUAAAUCUCUCCAAAGAAUUUGGAAUCAAACUUGGAGAUUUAGAGUCUAAAAUAAGUCAUAUUGAAACUGGUUUAAGUAGUCAUAACACAAAUGAUGAGGAUGGUAUAAUGUCAAAAACAGACACCAAAAGUAACCAACAACUUGGUCUGUUAACAAGACUUAACAAUUUAGAAUCCAAGGUUAAGGCUGCCUGUGAUGUAGUUAAUGUUAAUGAGCCAGCAGGAGAGUGUAUAAAGAAACCAGAGAUAUCAUUUCUCAGAAGCUCCAAUACAGAAGCCAGUACUAUGUAUGCUGCUGAUUGGUCAUUGAAACUGUGCUCUGUGUCCACAAGAGGUGCUAGUGAUGAUGUACUCGUGUCUGUUUCGUCCUGUAUCGAAACAUUGUUUCAGAAAGUCAAAAUGGUAAUGGCGUGGAUCAAAGAUACUUUCUUGGUCUUACAGAAGCAGUAUUCAGGGACCAAAACAUGUUUCGAAUGUUCUAAAGGUCCUGUUGAUGAAUUUGUACGUCUGACGAAAACCUGUCAGUACCUCCUUUCUAGCGAAGAAAAAGAUGAAAAUAUAAAAAUAAACCUAGUCUACCUCUUACUUGUUCUUCAAGAAAUAACAGUAGCAGCUAUAAAAAUUAGUGAAGUCAAAUUAGUGAAUAGAAAUAUACUUCUUAAAGAAAUAUAUACCAUGCAUAAACUUGUUUGUGCAUUUGAGAAUAAACUUUGCUCUAACUCGUGUGGUUUGUCCAUUAACUACGACAAUGGAAACCUUUCAUUUCUUUUUUCGUUCGCUUCAUUCUUUUCCAACUUAGACACACCCGAGACCGAUUCUUUGAAUCCUUCAGAAGAUAAUGUUUCUCAAGAUCACUUGGAAAAUGAAGUUAUGACUCUACAAGAACAAUGGACGAAAGUAAAAAAAUUAGUGGAUAGAUUACGGGACAAGAAAAUUAUCGCUCUAGUCAAGUAUCUUAAGGAUGCGAGAGUUCAGAGAUUGAAAGAGGAAGGAUCAAAGAAAGAUUUGUGUAUUUGUUCUGAAGAAUUAAUUCUUGCUGAGAUGUACCUACUUAUUCUUUGUUGCAGUGAAAGAUCGUACAAACAGUUCCUGUCAAUGUUUCAAAGGUGUGGGUUUUUGUCCUCGUAUUUUGAAUCGAAAACUUUCGAGGCCUGGAAUUCUUCAAUGAAUACGGAGUUAGGAAAAGAGAUCGAAUCUAUCUUUACACAAAUAAAAACCAGUUGUGCUGAAGGUGAAGCUUUUAUUAGAAUUCAAGCAAGUACUGAAGAACGUUUACUUAAUGAACGGGUGGUGCAGCUCCUCUUGGAAAUAACGGAUAUGUGUGUGGUCUCUGCUCUGCUUCAAGGUUCUACUGCUUAUUGUACAGAAAGGGUCAGCAGCUUUAAAGCAGGUAAUAGCACAAAACCAAAUAUUAGUAAUCACACUCAUCUACUGGACGACACGUUGCCAGAAAAUCUUUACAAUUGUUUACAGCAACAAGCAGUCAAAAUGAUCACCGUCGACUCUCCAUUUUCGCUUUCAAAACAAGAGUCAGCUUACAGUCAUAAUGGAUAUUCUCUUGUUGUUGAGAGGUUGGCUAAAUUCCAUUCUUUAAACAUGAUGAAGCUGAAUGAAAGAUAUGCUGAGGAAAUGACUAAAGUGAGAACCAGCUACCAAGAGGAACUGAAGAAGGCUCACUUAGAGUUUGAAGCUUUGAAGAUAGAGCAACAACAGCAGUUAGGGGAAUCAUGUCGAACAUGCGAGUUUUUCAAGAAGGAGGUGGACUGCUUGUGUACAGAAGUGGAAUGUUAUCAACAGCAAGGAACAAUGUGUCACACCUGUAAAGAAAUAAGCAGUAAACUUGAAGAAGUUACACGAGCUUACGAGGAACAAACAGCUUCAUUACAAGAUGAAAAGAAAAACUUGAGGAAACAGUUAGAAGCCAGUUUUAACGAUCAGAUUGAAACACAAGAGAAGAAAGUAGAAAGCCUUCAAAAUGAACUACAACUUACUCAGACACACCUCAGAAACUUGAAAACUGAGUAUGAAGAACAGAUGAAAAGUUUGAUGAAGGCCUAUCAACAAAAAGUCAAACAAAAUGUUCAAGUGACGAGCGAAGAAGCGGUACGACAGCGUCACCAAGACGACCUAUCCGAAUGGAAGAAGUUCUCAGAAAGAGGUCUGAAUGUUUUAGAAAAGUCCUACAAGAGAAUGCUACAGGAUCUACAGGAUAAACACAAACAGGAAGUAGAAAGAUUGAAAAUCGAGAAAGAAGAAGCCUUACGGGAAGAAGCAAGAGCAACGAAGACAGCUCUGGAUGCCGUAAGAAGAGCCUAUCAGGAAGACUUACAAAGAGAAGUCAACAGAUGUAAGAAUGAAUGGAUCAAACAAAAGGAACAACCUACAGACUUUGAGUCUCUGUACAAAGAACACAGGGAUGCAGUUACUGAAAUCAGAAAAGAAAUAGUCUCUCUAUCCGAGAAGUAUUCCUUCAAAUGUUUGGAAAAUGCCACAUUAAAAGAACACUUAGAAACAGUUUGUCGUCAAAAUGAAGAAGAAAAUUCUAGGCUACUUGACCUUCUAGCGAGAAGUACACAGCUGCGAACACACUUCAGUCCUGAGAUUUCAGAAAGCACAGUAGCAACACAAAAUAGAGGAGUGUCAAAAAAUAAUGAUUCGUCAAAGAGUAUGGAUGCUGCAUGUCUUGUACUAACAUCGAAGGCUGAGGGCAGAAUACAAGAACUCGUGACAUUUGACCAGAAUAUCACUCAUCCUCUUCAUUCAUUUGUGAAGACGAUAGCAGUUGAUGACGUACCAGCAAGGCCUCUUCUCUCCACCAGCAGCCAAUCAUAUUCGAAAGACAAGUUUGUGGACCAAUAAAAAAAAAGUCUCAGGUUUUUACAUAUAAAGAUCCAUAGAAUUAGCAAAGAAGGGUCGACAAUUCAAUAAGACGUUCUAAAAAUAACAUGUCAGUUUCAGUUUGUGGGCAAUGUACGAUUUUGAUUUGUUCAUCGUUACAAUUGAAUGUUCAGUUGUAUAUUAUGUACAUAUAUAUAUAUAUAUAUAAUGAUUUUAUUUUAAUAUCUUUUCCUUUUUGUUUUUCCUUCCCCAUCUUAUAUACCUCUUCUAUUGUUCUAGUAUAAUUUUAACUUGAAAAAAAAAAAAAAACAUCUCAGUCUCGAUUGAAAUUAUGCCUUUUGACGUCCAUUUCUACUGACACUAAAAGUAGUUCCUUGGUUGUUAACUCUUGUUUCUGAAAGGUCAAAAAACUUGUUUGUGUAGUAAACUAAUAGUAAUCUUGCUACAAAACUAUGCAAUAAAAAAAUUGCCACUAAACUUAAGCCUAAUGGACUAAGUUUAAACUGUAUACUUAUAAGCAAGAAGGCAUAUUUAAUUUUAUAUUUAUACGAAUAACCAACUUGACCAAUUUAUUAGCUAAGUUUCUUUGUACGCUGAAGUUUCCACCCUAAGAAACUAUUACAGUUAGAAACUGAAUGCUUUCAUAACCUCCAAAUUUUAAAGAGGUUGUGUAGUAUAACUUUGAUCAGUAUAAUGCUUUGUUUAAAUGUAUUUGUGUGUGCAAGCUUUGAAUAUAAAUGACGUGUUCAGUUUGUGUUUUAUCCUGUACAGCAGUUUUACUUUCAAUAACUAGGGAUGGAUUGGAUAGGAAACUAGCUAGAGGGGGCCACAAAUUUGAUGUAAAAAUAGAAAAAACACAUAUUUAAAAAGUAUAUAUAAUUAAAUAUUAAAUCUAGUAAUACAGGGUUCAGUUCGACGAGUCCUACACAAGACGGGAGAUAACGUCUUCAACAGAAAUAUUGUCGAGUAAAUCCUUUACUGUGCACAUCAUUAUUGGUAGAAUUAACACACGUGUGACGAGGAUAGACAAUGAAUUAGUUCUAUGUUAUGUUAACACAGCAUUAAUCUGUUUUUAUGUAACUUUCCAAGAGGGUCCACCACAAUCUUACCCGGUGAGCCAGUCUGCAUCUGUCAGUAAUAAUCGUAAUGGAGGUUAAAUUAUCGUUAACAUGAAGUAAUUUUAUGUUGCUUUUGAUAUGAAAUUAUACGAGAGCAAGUGACAAGUGUAUCUUAGUAUCUUUUAAUGUGAUCUUAAGUAAGACGAAAAUUGUUAAUUUAGUAUUUAUCUGUAAGAAUAAAUAAAUAAAAGAUCAAUAAAUAAUUUGCAUAAAAGCUAAUGAAACAAAGAAAAUUGGGGAAUUCAAUUAAAAUCCUAAGUCUUCAAAUUAACUUAACAUACAAACGAAUUUGGGAAUUUUUUUUUAUAAUCCCCCCCUUUUUUUAGAUUUAUUUGCUACAUAAACCAAAACUAUUAAGAUACUUCAUAAUAAGUCCAGUCCAGGAAUACGCUCAUAAAAGAAAGCCCUUAUAAUUUAUGUAUUUUAUUUGUGUUGGCAUUUAUUAGAUUAGACAUCCAACACUUAUAAUUAAUAUGUUUGAUAAAAAAAACUUAAAUGAUUUAAACAAAUAUCUCUAUUAUUUUAUAUUAUCACUUGAGUACGUACAAAUUUUCUGGCUGUGCACAUCUUUUGUUGAAGUCGUUAUCUCGUUUAGUCUUCACAAUGUGUACUUUAAACAUUUGUAAUGUUUACAAUUAAUAAACCUCACAGGAAAUAAGUGUUAAAGCAUACUGGUGGAGCUGAAUGUUUACAAUUAAUAAAACUCACAGGAAAUAAGUGUUAAAGCAUACUGGUGGAGCUGAAUGUUUACAAUUAAUAAACCUCACAGGAAAUAAGUGUUAAAGCAUACUGGUGGAGCUGAAUGUUUACAAUUAAUAAUCCUCCCAGGAAAUAAGUGUUAAAACAUACUGUUGGAGCUGAACGUGUACAAUUAAUAAACCUCACAGGAAAUAAGUGUUAAAACAUACUGUUGGAGCUGAACGUGUACAAUUAAUAAACCUCACAGGAAAUAAGUGUUAAAACAUACUGUUGGAGCUGAACGUUUACAAUUAAUAAACCUCCCACGAAAUAAGUGUUAAAACAUACUGUUGGAGCUGAGCUAAAGAAAUGGAGAAUCACACAAGCAAGUGUAAAAAGAGUAUUGCUUGAUAUCGAAAGUGACGCCUGAUUAUAACGAAACUCAAUUCUGACCAAUACUAGUUGUUGUUAAAAUAUAAUGUUUGCAGACUUGAGUCUAACACUUUAAUUUCCAUCAUUGUAUUUCAAUAUUUUAAAGUUAUUUGUUUGAUGAAAAAAAAAGACCAUUACAAUGAGUGAAGUGUCAGUAAAUGUCUUAAUGACUCGGAUAGCAAACUUUUAAGUUGUCAACCUAGAAUAUGAUAAAUGUCCCUCAGAUUUGUAUGUUUCAUAUACAUAACAAUUAACAAUAACCUUGGAGGAACUAAAAAUAAAUAUUUCCCAUCAUGCCUUAGUAUAUCACGUGGCCUUGUGUCUCUAGUGUUUGAAGAAACAAUUUCAGGAUUUUAUUUUUACUUAGGUGUAGAAACUUCUAACGAGAUUUGAAAAGUAGAUUUCUGAAUAUUUAAAGGUCUAUCAUUAUAAAAAAAAAUAUUUUAUUGUGCUUUUUUAUGUGAUUAAUAUUCAGAAAUAGAUUAAUUGCUUACUUCUGUUCCAAUUUGUGACGAAGACCAAUUUUUUUAUAAAGUCUUGAACUAAUAUUAUAACUUACCGUUAACAUCAUAGUUAUAUGCAUUUUCCUAACUUUAAAUUAAAUGAUAGACAAACUUUUGGAAGCAUUGUUUCUUUUACUGGUCGAGUGGUCAUCAUGCUGGACUGUAAAUCUGAUGUUCC